AUGAGGGGCAUGUUCUGCUCCUUGUACAGCUGGAUGCUUGUUCACCUUGCCUGGAUGUGCCUCCUUUCCUCCAUGCAGCACUGCAGAGCGAAAGUUCUGGAGAAGACCUUUGAGGAAUGGAUGAGAUACCGGGACGAGUGCUUGAAGAAGCUGGCAAAUGAGCCAUACCCCACAGGGCUCUACUGCAACCGGACGUUCGACAUGUACGCUUGCUGGCCAGAUGGGAGCCCGGGCAGCACCAUCAAUGUGUCCUGUCCUUUCUACCUGCCAUGGUUCGAGAAAGUGAAACACGGGCUAGUGAGCCGCAAGUGUGGGCCGGAUGGGCAGUGGGUGAUGGUGAACGGCACGCAGCCAUGGAGGGACUACUCCCAGUGCGAGGAGGAGAUGGAGUCCACCAUGGAGGAGGAAGGGGCCCGCCAGCUGAUGGUGAGUUUCAAGGUGCUCUACACGGUGGGAUACUCGCUGUCGCUCCUGGCGCUGGUCUCCGCCCUGCUCAUCCUCACCAUCUUCAGGAAACUCCGCUGCACCCGCAACUACAUACACGCAAACCUCUUUGCCUCCUUUGGGCUGCGGGCCAUCUCGGUGAUUGUCAAAGAUGCGCUGCUGGAGAAGCGGUGGGGCAUGGAGAUCCUGCAUGUGUCUGACUGGGAAGCGCUGCUGAGCAACGAGGCUGCAGUUGGCUGCCGGGUGGCUCAAGUCGUGAUGCAAUACUGUAUUCUAGCCAAUCACUACUGGUUUCUGGUGGAAGCUGUCUACCUGUACAAGCUUCUGAUUGGAGCCGUGUUUUCCGAGAAGAACUACUACACGCUCUACCUGUACCUAGGCUGGGGAACCCCCGUGGUGUUCGUGGUGCCGUGGCUGGCGGCCAAGUACCUGAAGGAGAACGCAGAGUGCUGGGCUCUGAAUGAGAACAUGGCCUACUGGUGGAUCAUCAGGAUUCCCAUUCUGCUGGCGUCCCUGAUCAACCUGCUGAUCUUCAUGAGGAUUCUGAAGGUGAUCCUGGCCAAGCUGCGUGCCAACCAGAAAGGCUAUGCAGACUACAAGCUCCGGCUGGCCAAGGCCACGCUGACCCUCAUCCCCCUCUUCGGGAUCCACGAGGUGGUCUUCAUCUUUGCCACGGAUGAGCAGACCACAGGCAUCCUGCGUUACAUCAAAGUCUUCUUCACGCUGUUCCUCAACUCUUUCCAGGGUUUCCUGGUUGCCGUGUUGUACUGUUUUGCCAAUAAAGAGGUGAAGUCAGAAAUGAAGAAGAAAUGGCAGCUCUGGAAGCUUGACCAUCCGGCGCUCUGCUGCACACAGUGA